AUGCCAUCUAAUUCUUGGUGGUCCUCGUCUUCGGAUGAGGAAGAAGAGAUGUUUUUCGCAAACGCUAUGCUACGGGCGGGGCAGAUUCUUAUUGAAGAGGAAGAGGAAGACGUCUCGUCUGAAAGCGUUAUUACCAAACGAAUACGAAUUAACAGAGACCGCGAAGGAGCGCACGAGAAAUUGGUGAACGAUUAUUUUUCGGAUGAACCACUUUGCAAUGACGAGAUUUUCAGACGCAGGUUCCGAAUGAGUCGCCGGUUAUUCACACGGAUUGCUAAUGAUUUGGCGGGGCUAGACCCAUUUUUCACGCAACGACCUGAUGCUCGAAAUUAUGAAGGGUUCACCACGUUACAAAAGUGUACUGCGGCCAUUCGCCAACUGGCGUACGGGACAGUGGCCGACGCUUUGGACGAGUACUUACAAAUGUCGUUGUACCAAGCUCAUGAAGCACGACACGAGUUUCCGGGAAUGCUUGGUAGUAUUGAUUGUAUGCAUUGGGCGUGGCAUAACUGCCCGACUGCGUGGCGCGACCAAUAUACGCGAGGUGAUCACGACCAUCCAACCUUGAUACUUGAAGCCGUGGCAUCACAAGAUUUGUGGAUAUGGCAUUCUUUCUUUGGUCUCCCUGGUUCACUCAACGACCUCAACGUGUUAUACCAAUCGGCGAUCUUUACCGAUGUCAUUAAUGGAACCGGUCCGGACACCCGUUUUAUAGUUUUUGGGGUUGAGUAUAGACGUGGGUAUUAUCUUGCUGACGGGAUAUAUCUGUCUUGGUCUACAAUUGUAAAGACUAUUCCAUAUCACGAGGACGAAAAAAGGAAAAAAUUCGCCAAGCGUCAAGAAGCUGCAAGAAAAGACAUCGAACGUGCUUUUGGUGUCUUACAAAAAAAAAUGGGCCGUCCUUGA